AGCACCCCACUUGAAAAAAAAACUUAGAAAAUCAGCUCCGGAAGUUUUGAAACGUUUCUCUUGAAAAUACCAUGGCUAGACCCCAGAAACGAUAUCGAGGUGUCCGCCAGAGGCAUUGGGGCUCUUGGGUCUCCGAAAUUCGCCACCCUCUACUGAAGACGAGAGUAUGGCUAGGCACAUUUGAAACGGCAGAGGAUGCAGCACGAGCGUAUGAUGAAGCAGCAAGGCUCAUGUGCGGGCCAAAAGCGCGUACAAAUUUCCCACACAAUCCCAACGAGUCCGAAUCCAAUUCAUCAUCCAAGCUUCUUUCAGCAACUUUGACGGCCAAGCUACACAAAUGUCACAUGGAAUCCCUGAAAAUAAUGGCCAAAACAUCCGCAAAGAAAGAGCCCCAAGAGGCAGAGUAUACCCUUUUCGCGGCGGGGAGCAAGGGGAUUAAUGGAGGAAACAGUGGCGAAACGGGUUGUGUGGCGGGUCAAGUACUGGAGAGUAUGGAUCAUCAUCAUCAUCAUCAUCAUCAUCAUCAGCAGCAGCAGUAUAAACCUCUUGAAGAUGACCAUAUAGAGCAAAUGAUUGAGGAGUUGCUUUAUUAUGGCUCGAUUGAGCUCUGCAAUGUCGUUCCAACACAGGGCUCUGACAUGUAGGCAUCUUCUAUUUGCUAAGGCAACUUUUUGUUUAUGUAGAUUCGAGAGAAGUAUGUAAUAAUGUUAGACGAUUUUCUGUUAUAUACAACCAAGUACUAGAUCGAAGAGCAUGAGGAACAAGAAUAUCAUGAGAAAGACAGUUCCAGUUCAA